AUGAAGUUGAGAUCGUUGGUUGAGAUUUGUUCUGCCCUUGGUUGGCUUCGGGAAGUUCAAGCUUCAACGCAGGCAAAGAUCUCUCCACCUACCGUCACUGUAAAGAAUGGCACAUAUGCUGGAGUCUACAACAAACAAUAUGAUCAAGACUACUUUCUUGGAAUUCCCUUUGCUCAGCCUCCUGAACGGUUCUCGGUAGCUCAAGGGCUCAAUUCUUCGUGGGAUGGGGUGAGAGAGGCUACCGAGCUAUCGAUUCACUGCCAUGGAUAUGGAAACGACCAAGUCGGAUAUAAACAAUCCGAAGACUGCCUUUAUCUCAAUGUCAUUCGACCUGCGAAUCUAAAAGCCACAGCGAAUAUCCCUGUGGCCGUUUGGAUUCAUGGAGGAGGUCUCUUCCAGGGCGGUGCUUCAGACAUGAGAUACAACUUGUCUUUCAUCGUCGAGCAGAGCGUUGCCCUCGGCAAGCCUAUUAUCGGCGUCAGUUUCAAUUAUCGUCUUGCCGCGUUGGGAUUCCUCAUCGGCGAAGAGGUUUUGAAAGAGGGCGCCACUAAUCUCGGCUUCCGCGAUCAAAGACUCGCACUUCACUGGAUUCAAGAGAACAUCAAAGCGUUUGGUGGGGAUCCGGACAAAGUCACUUUAUUUGGAGAAAGUUCAGGUGCCGAGAGUAUUGCAGCACAAGUCUUUGCAUACAAUGGUCGUGAUGACGGUCUAUUCAGAGGAGUAAUCGGCCAGUCUGGUUUUGGGGCUCCCCUUUAUCGGUAUCGCAGUGGAUACAACGGAACUGAUGCGAUGCAAGAUACAUACGACAGAUUCGUUGGCAAGGUCUCGUCAUGCUCUGACUUGGUAGGAUCGAAUAAAUCUCUACCUUGCCUGAGACAAGCUCCCUUUGACGAGAUCAACAGCGCCAUAUGGGCUAUAAGAACCGGUCUCGACUGGGCUCCAGUCAUGGACGGGGACUUCAUUGCAGAUUACACCACUAAUCAAUUGAAAAAUGGGAACUUUGUCAAAGUGCCACUUCUCAUAGGUGCCAACACGGACGAAGGGACGUCCUUUGGUAGAAGUAGAACAUCGGAUGGUGGGAACGUCAAUACUGAUGAAGACAUGAUAGAUGCUAUCGGAAAUAUGAUCCCGCCUGAAGCAGAAGGCACCACGGGUCAGACAGUUGACGAACUUACUGACAAGGUGAUGGAGUUAUAUCCCAACGAUCAAAGGGUCGGAAUACCAUCUUUGGAGUCUUGGCCAUAUAUCAUCAAACCAAACGAUUCGUACGCUGAGGCUCACGGAGCUCAAUUUCGUCGAUCGUGUGCGCUGUUCGGAGACUUGAUUAUACAUUAUCAACGAAGGCGCGCAAACAAGUUCUGGGCUAAGAAUGGGAUUCCCAAUUAUGCGUACCGCUUCAACAUCAAGCCCAAUGGACAACCAGAGUAUGCUGGGGUCACUCAUUUCCAAGAGGUCGCUUUUGUGAUGCACAACAUUAACGGGGACGGAUAUGAUCGCAAACCUUUCGGUGGUGAAGGAUCAUAUCCGGAUAAUGCAAAGGCAAUGGCAAAGACUAUGACUACUGCAUGGAUCAACUUUUUCAAUACUCUUGACCCCAAUGGAGAAAAGGACAUUUUCAGUGGCAAAGAAUGGCCGGUCUAUGACUUAUCUGACGGUCCUGAUGGAGAGAGUAUCGUUUUCAACAUCGAUGGCUCCGACAUUGAAGUAGACGAUUGGAGGUCUGAUGGUAUGGAGUGGUUGGCUGAACAUGCUUUGGACGUUCUUGGUAACUAG